AUGCUAGGCAAAGAGCAGAACAAGGCAAAUGACUUGCAAAAGGACGAGGUGGCUACUUUCCUACUGAUAGUCGGAGCCUGUGUCGCAAAGAUAUUCUAUAACCUAUACCUUCAUCCCCUCCGUAAUUACCCCGGCCCAUUUCUCGGACGCGCCACAAAUGCAUACGCUCUGUGUCUGAAUGCCCUGGGCGUCCAACACGUCAAAGAAAAAGAAUGGCAUGACAAGUACGGCGAAGUCGUGCGAUGCAUGCCAAACUACCUUUCGUACAACUCCAGCCAGGCGUGGAAAGAUAUUCACGGUUACCGCUCAGAUAAACAGGGCAGCUUUGACAAAGAUCCGGCCUUUUUCCUGUUGCAUCCUGACGCGGCCGCUCAUAUUGUCGGAGCUAAUGGUGCUGAACAUCGUCGCCUUCGCCGCCUGAUGUCGCCGGCCUUUUCUGACAAAGCGCUGCAAGCCCAGGAGCCAGUUCUGCACCAAUACGUGGAUAUGCUGAUUGAACAACUCCGGGCACAGUGUAAGGGUGAUGCCGGCGGUGUCGUGGACAUGGCGAAAUGGUUCAAUUUUACCACGUUCGACUUGAUCGGAGACUUGUCCUUUGGCCAGCCAUUCGGGCUACUCGAGAGCGGGGUGUGGCAUCGAUAUGUGAGCACGUUGUUUGGCAGUAUCAAAGUGUUCACGUAUAUCCGGGUCAUACUGGACGUGUUUCCAUCGCCGGUGCGCGAGCUGCUUUUACUGUUGCUGAUUCCGAAGAAGUUGAUGGACGACCAGGCAUAUCAGAUGGAACUGGCCGGAGAAAAGCUGAGACAAAAGAUCGAAACCGAUCCUGAGAGGGAGGACUUUGUGCAUCACCUUAUCAAAGGCUCUCAAGAGGAAGUGGGUGAAACUGGGCUUACCUUCAAGGAAAUGGUUGCUCAAGCUCAGCUUUUGAUUCUCGCCGGGAGUGAAACCUCUGCGACGGCGCUUUCGGGCAUGACAUACUAUCUUCUCACCAACCGAGAGUCCCUGAACAAAUUGACGGACGAGAUUCGCUCUGCAUUCGCCGCCGAGUCCGACAUUACGCUUUUUGCAGUCGGCAAGUUGCCAUACCUGCAAGCCGUGCUCGACGAGUCGAUGCGCAUGUACCCGCCAGCACCGAACUCGUUCCUGCGCAUUGUUCCCUACCCUGGAGAGGUUGUUUGUGGGAGCUAUGUCCCAGGAGGGACAUCAGUAGCCCUGCAUCACUUUGCAAGCUAUCGAUCGAGUACCAACUUUGUCGAGGCAGACUCGUUUAUACCCGAGCGAUGGGCCACAAAUGGAACCAGACAUCCCAAGUUUGAGGCAGACAAUCAUGAUGCGUUUCACCCGUUUUCAGUGGGGUCUAGAAACUGCCUAGGCCGGAACAUCGCGUGGGCCGAGCUGCGCCUGAUCGUGUGCAAGCUCUUUUACCACUUCGAUCUCGAGCUGGAGCCCGCCAGUGAGAUGUGGAUUGACCAGCCGACGUUUGGGCUGUGGGAGAAAAGAGCGUUGAAUAUACUAGAGCGGGGCACGGCUGUGGCUGAGCUGCCCCGCAGAGACGUGGCUGAGCUCUUCUCUGCUCGCAUUCAAGGCUCCAGGACGAUUCAGUGUGGGUUGCGCUCCUCCAGCAACAAGACUCAUUCCAACACUGCACCCGCUCUGUUGAAUAGCUUCACAAUGUCGGCAAACGAAUAUUUUAGUGGCGGCGGAGGGGCUUACGAGCAGAACAACGAGCAGAAUCGAUAUAACACAAACACCACCAAUAACAAUAACAACAACAACCAGUCGCCAUGGUCAUCCCCUCCUCCAAUUCAUACUCCUAGCUCUAGCACGUACGAGGGCUCCUAUCCGCCAUCAGAGCCUCCUUACAACUCCCCGCAACCAGCCUGGGGUCAGCCCACCUUUCCUCAUCAGUAUGAAACGCAGCCCUACCCGGGACAGUCCCCUUAUCCACCAUACCAACAGGGCCAAUAUGGCCCGCCUCAGCCUUAUUCUCCCUACUAUCCGCCUCAAGAAGGGUAUCCGUCGCAACAUCAAGCAUACCCCCAGCACCCUCCACCAUAUAAUGCGGAGCCCGCUACAGAGUCACCGGACGAGAGAGGCUUGUUGGGUGCUGUAGCCGGUGGUGCUACCGGCGCCUUUGCUGGUCACCAGGUUCAUCACGGUGUCCUUGGCGCAGUAGGAGGUGCAAUCACUGGCUCGGUGGCUGAGGACGCGAUUAAAAAGCACAAGAAAGAUAAGGAGAAAAAAGAGAAGAAGAAAUGGGGUCAUGGGCGUCGGGACUCCUCCUCCUCCUCGUCGUCUUCAUCUUCAUCGUCAGAUGAUGACCAUCAUCAUCGCCGUCACAGUCAAGAACAUCACGACCCUACUCUCCGCGGCAACUUCUCCCGUUCGUCAAACGAGAUUCGACUGGAAGGGGACUAUGAGCUCGUGGCCUAUUGCAACCCAGUUUCUGGCCAUCCGCAGCGAUCUUCGAUCCCCCUCAAUGGGGUCUUAACUAACACGUUUGGAAAACUCAACUGGGCCCGCGGAGGGAACUUUGGCGCUUCAGCAAGGCACGUUAGAAAGGCUGAUGUCCGAUUUUUAAAGUGUGCGCAUUUUUUAUCAACCUGGAUAGUCACUAUCCACAGCUUUGCAUGA